AAAGAAGUUCCGCAGAGCCCGCUCCUCUCUAAGGACACUUUGGCUCGACAAAUUAGGGGAGGAUGUGCCAACCGGACGUCUGGGCAAUAAAAAGUCUGGAACAGAGCCAGCUUGAAUGUAAUUUACAGUACUGUACGCCAUUUUUGAAACGCGGCUAUAGUCGCAUUCUGGAGGACAUCACCGCGAUUAGUGCACGAGAUAGCGCUCCGACAAGCGGCCCCGCCAUCUGCACUCUUGUCGCAGAGGAACGCACGACAAAAGACGUCUCGUUGCCGAACCUGUGUUGCUUUCCUCUGCAACUCAACAAGACCAACGUCUGUGCCUCGAUGAAACCUUUUAUUCUCCUCGACUUCCUCUUUUUUGCUUGUCUCGGCGUGGGCCUUCUCCUUGUCGUCGAAGAAGGCAUAGGAUACACUGGCGGAAAAUUAAUACAACGACGCGACUUGGCAUUGGGUAUCCAGCCUAGGAAUGUCAAGGAGGUUCCUGUCACGAUCUUCGAGCGGUGGCUUCACACUCGCCAUGGCAAUAUGUUGAUGAAUUGUCAAGCAAACCUUGGCCCGCCCUCCAACCAUGAAGCAUUUGAUUGCGCCUCCACGGCGGCUAACGAGUUCGGCAUUAAAGUGUACUUUUGUGGCGGCAAGAAGAGCGAUACCACAGGAGUCAGACCCUUGGACAAAGAUGUGCUCAGCGCAUUUUUCAAAGUAUGCCUCAUUGGGCACCACAAAGGUGUAGUAACCAAAAUCGUACUGAAAACCGAUCAUAUACCAAAGACAUAAAGCUCCUUCCUGGCAACACCGUGGGUCCGAGAGAGCUCGGCAAAGAAAGCAGGACCCCUUCCAAAGUCCACGUCAUCCCCUGGGCGUUUCGGAUUGCUAUGCUCCAUGUAGUAACGUUAGG